AUGGCGAUCUUGAGCAGAUUCCAUCAUAUAGUUGGCAACAAGUCUGCAGAGACUGAGGUUACCCUAGUUGAUGAUCCAAAUACCCUGCAAGUGAGAGCCGACGACAAGGAAGCUGGACAUUCUCCCAUCGAUGAAGUGACUGGCAAGGAGGAAGCCAGGCCUGCUGAAGAUGCCCAAGCCGGUGUCCAGAAAAUCGAGGCCGUCACUCUGGCCUGGGGGAAGGGAUCGAUGCUCAUGACUCUGGUACUUAUCUGGCUUCUCACACUGGUGAACAAUCUCAAGACUUCUGUGGUGUACAGUCUAAGCGCCUAUGCGACAAGCUCUUUCGCGGGUCAUUCGCUUUUGACCGUCAUUGGUAUCGUGUCAUCUUCAUUGACAGGCGCAGUGUACAUUCCUAUGGCGAAGGCGCUGGACCUCUGGGGUCGUGCAGAAGGUAUUCUUUUAAUGACUGGGUUCUGCAUUCUGGGUAUAGUCAUGUUGGCUGCAUCCCAUAACCUCCCCACCUACUGCGCCGGAGAGGUAUUCUACUCGGUCGGAUUCGGAGGUCUCGCCUAUAGUUGGAAUGUUCUUGCAGCCGAUGUGACAAACUUAAGAAAUCGAGGGCUAGCAUUUGCUUUUACCUCGUCUCCGGCAAUCAUCUCGGCGUUCGCUGGAUCUAAGGCUGCUGAAGUAUUUCUCGCUAAUGUCAAUUGGCGAUGGGGCUACGGAGUUUGGGCUAUUAUCGUGCCCGCCUUUGCUUUGCCGAUAUAUUUCAUGCUUUCCUAUAAUUUACGGCAAGCCGAGAAGGAAGGCAUUCUGGCCAAGGAAAAAAAGACCUUGAAUUUCAACCUCGAAACAAUUUGGUGGUUUAUCAAAGAGUUUGAUUUGAUGGGGGUUUUCCUCUUCGGUAGCGGCAUGGUGGUAUUCCUUCUGCCAUUCACUCUGGCUAGCAUGGCACCCCAUGGUUGGCAGACCGGCUAUGUCAUUGCCAUGAUUGUGGUUGGGCUAGUCCUACUCAUUUCAUUUGGCUUCUAUGAGACUUACAUGGCCCCAGUGCCAUUCCUGAACUAUAGGUUCCUCACCGAUAGGACCGUUCUAGGUGCAUGUCUCCUUAAUAUGACAUACCAGGUAUCUUACUACUGUUAUGGCGUCUAUCUCCCGUCAUUUUUACAAGUGGUGUACAAUUUGGACGUGGCCACAGCUGGAUACGUUGGAAAUACUUUCAGUAUCGUGGCAUUUGUCUUCCUGUUCUUCGCUGGUUGGCUUAUCCGUGUGACGGGUCGCUUCAAGUGGAUUCUCUGGAUUUGUGUGCCACUCUACAUCUUUGGACUCGGCCUGAUGAUUCACUUCCGUCAGCCUGGUGGAUAUAUUGGAUACAUUGUCAUGUGUGAGAUCUUUUUCUCCGCUGCCGGUAGUAUUUUCAUUCUGUGUGUGCAGCUCGCUGUCCUCGCUUCGGUCGAUCACCAACACGUUGCCGCGGUGCUUGCCUUGCUUUUCGUAAUGGGAAGUAUUGGUGGAUCUAUUGGCAGUGCCAUCUGUGGAGCGAUUUGGACAAACACGUUUUUGAAAAAGCUUGGACAAACUCUACCAGAAUCAGCCAUGCCGAAUUUGGCCCUCAUUUACUCAAGUCUUCCCCAGCAGCUGAGUUAUGCAGUUGGGACCCACGAGCGGGACGCGAUUGUGGAAGCAUACGGCUAUGCCCAGCCAAGGAUGCUUGCAGCUGGUACCUCACUCAUGGUUUUGGGCUUCAUCUGGGUUGGCAUGAUGAGAAACUUGAACGUCAAGAAUAUGACUCAGACAAAAGGUAACGUCUUUUAA